GCUCAAGCAGUUGUUAGGCUCAAGGCCAGUUGUCUCAUCAUCAGCAUCGUAUUCGCGUCGCUAGUGGAAUUUGGCGUUGGUUGCACUUGCUUUUCCUGGCGCCUAUGCUACUGCUCCAAGGGCUGCCCGCCCUCCUGCUUGUGUCCUGUGGGUCGGAAACGCAGCUGUACUCCUCUGAACAGGAAGCCUUCAUUCGCCGAGUGGCGCAGAGGACAACCUUCGAUGAGAGCAGUUGCCCAGGGAUGGAGGAUCCCUUAACAGACACGGAAGUGCUUUAUUCCUCAGAAGCAGCAUUCAAAUUCUUCGGCUAUGACACGCACGAUGUUGACAGUUGGGCGCUUCUCCAGAAUUUGCAGGGGUGCCUCGAAGGUGUGUCUGCAUACGAUUGGCUGGGAGGGCAGCCGAAUCUGUGGGAGGCGUCUAAGCAGCCCUACAGUCAUUUCGCCCGAGUGGUCGAUCCGAGAAUGUGGGAGGGCGGGGUAGGAUCAGAGUAUCAGGAGGACAAUCCUGUGAACACCAGCAAUACGGUAAUCGGAAGCGCGGCCGCAUCAACCAUGAGCAGCUUUGCCCGCGACACGCCAGGCCUCGCGCUCAAGCAGCCCUGCAACGCUCUGUCCAACGCUGCCUUCUAUCAGCUUGCCCUCACGGUGUGUUCUCAACCCCUGCCGUCAAUCGGCGGAUGGCCGUGGGACAUCGAAGCCAGGGCCGCGGCGAACUUGUUGGCAUUUGGAUCAUUUGCGUUUCACGGCAACCCGUUCGGCGGCGACGACCCCCCAGCAGGGUACGAUGGCCCGUGGUCCCCGAUCUCCACGCAGUUCCUUGACGUGAUCGGCAUGCAGGCUUAUUUCUACUUGCUUCACCAGGCCACCGUCCACUCGAUCGUGUCACCCUCGACGCCCGCCGAUGACAAGACGGCCUUGCUCAAGAUCGGCAUGGAUGGAUAUCUCGAGGACGCCAGGGUCGCUGUGCAAGACUUGACGCGGAUAUUCACGCAGGACCCCGACACAUGGAAGGCAGAGGCAGAGCCUCUGUCACAGAAGAUGCCCGAGUACAUGGUAUCCGCUGUGGGCACCACGCUCGUCGCGCUUCGAGCCAUACUGCACGAUGAGCUCUUCGGACGAUCGGUUGCCGUAGCGAUGUACGAGCUUGCCUGUUCCAGUCUCGUCGACGCUCUUUUGGGGGGCGCCCAAUCUGUGAAGGAUACAUUCUGCGAUGGAGCGGGUACCUUCGUCACCCAGCUCAACGCGGUCACCCUGAAUGCUCCAAGAGAUAUCGCUAAGGCCAUGGGCCUGCUCAUUUCAGGCCUCCAGGUUUUCGUCGAGGCUCUGUUCUGGCAGGAGACGAAGGCCAAGCCCGUCAGCUACCUGGAUCAGUGGCGUCAAGCUGGUGUGAUCGGACCGACGCUCGAGCAGUGCUGGUUACAGCCUCACUCGACUUGGCACCGCGUGUGCGGCUAUACCACCCAAAGGCUGACUACCCUCAUCUCGCAGGAACUUCCAAGUGAGAUGUUGGAGCCGCCCCUGACUGAAGACCAGAAGCACACAUCGUGGCGUGAUGCUGCAGGCGUGGCGGCGAAGGAGUGUGCCAGCAGCGCCCCAUUCUGCACCACGCCACCCGCCCAAUCCCUGCUCGAACCUUGUGUAGUCAAUGAUUUCUUGGUGGCUGAGACCAGCAAGCUAGACCCCUUGACAGGCAUAGCCUCGGACUCUGGAGACGUGCCCGAUCCGUUGAACGUUUGCUUUUUCACCUACUCCGUAACCCUCGACUCCAUCAGUGGCCUCUCGGGCUUCAAACUCCGUGACUUGGCCAUCACCCAUUCCUACGCCGAUGGACCCAUAAGAACGCAUAUGAACAUUUCCACGACCACCAUCUCCCUCACGAUUGAAGGCGAAGCGACGAUCACACGGAAUGGUAAAAAGUACGGAUGGGGAGAGUGUUCGCUUAUGGAGGUUACCGUCAAUCUGGGUGCCACACUGAAGUUUGAGUUCGAAGCGGACCUGAUUGUCGACACGGAUCUCCAGACCAUUCUCGGAUUGAUCGACGACGAAAACGUUGGAGACGCUUUUGCCAUCAUGGUUCACAGGAUGAAGCCGACGUGCCACGACCUCACCUUGCAGCCUCUGAGCGCCGGGAUAUUCGGUGGCCUCCUCAUGGGGGUCGCCAACGGGAUCCUUAAGGUGGGCCUCGUACGCCUGGCGUGCGAGCUGCUGGAGCCAGAGGUGACGCGGAUCGUCCGGGAGCAGGCCUCCGGCGCAGCGAGAGUGCUGGGGCAGCAUGCACGGCUACCUCAGAGGCGAUUGGAGGGUUCUUGCCCUACCAGCCUCGGCGCCGACAUCGUCAGCGCCGCGGGCCCUCGAAAGUUCAUGGCGGUGCUGCCCCUCGCGCUCUUGGGAUGCCAAGUUCUCGUCGCUGCAGCCUUCCACCACGCCCACUGAUCUCAAAAGAACACGAAUCUGACUUUUGCGCAAAUCAGACAAGAAACGAAUCGCUCGUCCUCGGUUGCAAAGAACAGGGAG